CAUCCAUCCCACUGGCUGGAGUUGGAGGACACUCGCCCGCUUCGCCUCCACCGCUGCGCUGGUCUCUUGUUUUCUGUCUCUCGGCGGUGAGAAGACAGGGAGGAAAGAAGUAAAGACAUCUAGAGUAUACAGAUAGUGAGAGAAACUGCAUAAUCGGGACCGGACACUUUUCUGGAAGGGGAUUAUCUCUCGCAGGAGGCGAAGCUGGAUGUGUUGUGCACAGCGGAGCGCACGCUGCUACGUGUUUUCAAUGGAUUUCAAAGCGGUGGAAGUACCCUGGGAAUUAAACUGCUCUUAAGUUGCUUUUAGUUCGCACAUUUCGUUCUUUGCAAGGGUUUAUUUUUCACAUGGAGACGAAAACAAUGAUCCUCGCAGGGUUAUAUGUCCUCCUGCCUCUUUUGGAUGUGUUGUCUUACGCCGAGGAGAACCUGCGCCGGCUGGACUGCGUGAGAGCCAGCGAGCAGUGUAUGAAGGAGCAGGGGUGCAGCACCAAGUACCGCACGAUGAGACAGUGCGUGGCCGGGGGCAAAGAGAGCAACUUCAGCAUGGUGACCGGCCUGGAGGCCAAGGACGAGUGCCGGAGCGCCAUGGACGCGCUCAAGCAGAGCCCGCUGUACAAUUGCCGGUGUAAAAGGGGCAUGAAGAAGGAGAAGAACUGUCUGCGCAUUUACUGGGGGAUCUAUCAGACAUUACAAGGCAAUGAUUUCUUGGAGGAUUCUCCGUACGAACCUGUGAACAGUCGUCUCUCUGACAUUUUUCGCCUGGCUCCCAUCAUUGAGGGUGGGGAACCUUGGAGCAGCUCCGCAACCUCGGCUCCAGGCAGGGGGGGCGCCCAGGGCAGAGAGCCCGUUCUGGGCCGCGGGAGCCCCUCCUCCACGGAACUUCUGGACCCCAGUAGAAACAGGAGAGCUCAUCCCAAUUGGGCCAUACUGGGUGAGCCUGCGGUAGCGAGAGAGAACAACUGUCUGAACGCUGCCAAAGCCUGCAACCUGAAUGACACGUGUAAGAAGUACCGCUCGUCCUACAUCAGCCCCUGCACCAGCCGCGUCUCCACCGCCGAAGUCUGCAACAAGAGGAAGUGUCACAAGGCCCUGCGGCAGUUCUUUGACAAGGUUCCACCUAAGUACAGCUACGGCAUGUUGUUCUGCUCGUGUCCGCUCAGCGACCAGACGGCCUGCUCUGAGCGCAGGCGUCAGACCAUCGUCCCCGUCUGCUCGUACGAAGAGAAGCAGAAACCCAACUGUCUGGAGCUGCAGGCCUCGUGCAAGACCAACUACAUCUGCAGGUCACGACUGGCUGACUUCUUUGUCAACUGCCAGCCGGAGCCUCGCUCGCUGUCAGGCUGUCUGAAGGAGAACUACGCAGACUGCCUCCUGGCAUACUCCGGUCUGAUUGGAACCGUGAUGACUCCAAACUACCUGCGCUCACCCAAGAUCAGCGUGUCUCCGUACUGCGACUGCAGCAGUAGUGGGAACAACAAGGAUGAGUGUGACAAGUUAACUGAGUUUUUCACUGAGAACACCUGCCUCCGUAAUGCCAUUCAGGCCUUUGGGAACGGGACGGACGUGGGAGUGUGGCAGCCGAUGUCCCCCGUCCAGACCACCACCUCCACCACCACUCACUACCAGAGGAACCACGAACGCAAACCCAACACUAUUGACAACCACAUCAACACAGACCCUGGGAUUUACCACUUCGGCUGCAGCCUACAGGCUCAGAAAUUGAAGUCGAACUCAAGUGUGGGUGACGUCUUCUGCGUGAAUCCUCAGAUCGACAGUCCGGGUACGUCCAACGCCAUCCUGAAAGACUCCGCCUCCUCCAGACGGCCAGGGGCCCUGACCUCUCUGCUGCCCCCGCUGCUCUGGCUGUGGUACUGCAGCCUGCCGUCACGCUCCCCCCCGGGCGACUUGUAGCCUCGACGCUCCAACGAACUGACAAACACACAUUUGUACAAAAGAAAAAGCAAAACAAGAAGUUCGAUGCUUUCUUCUCGGUAAAACCUGUUGUACUUUUAUUUCCCUCUGGAAUCUGUGUCCACUUUGAUUCGUACCUUGUUUUUGUUUGUUUUUUAUGAAUCUUUGAGAAGCUUCGUUGUUUUAUGGGUUUUGUUUCUUUGCAUCGCAGCUGUGUGCUGAAGCAGUGAUCUACUAUAUCUACUCGGUUUGGCUGUGUGUUCCCUUCUCGGUUAGUUGAGAAAAAAAAAAACAAAAAGGGAUUCAGAGCUUUCGUGUUGCUCACUCGGGCAGAAAUGACGAAGUACUCGAGGAUUAACAUUCCAAUAAACCACAGCUGGUGGCUCUCGGAUCGGUUCACACGAUGUAAAUUCACAUUGAUCUUCACAGUCGUCCAAUCGGCCCCUCCCCCCCUCCCCCCGUCUGUUUGUGUGUUGAGGCUAUAGGUGGGAUCUUUCGCUUAAAAGUCACAGUCCGUCAGUAUCGGCUACGUUUCAUCCCGCGGGCGACUCGUUAGGUGUUGUUCUCUCUCUCUCUCCUGUGGUUCGUGAUUGUUUUCGUUAAUGACGUGAUGUUUUAAAUUCUCCACGAGCCGAACGAAAGGUCGACGUCGAUAUUUACCUGAAAUUUAAAAAUAUCACUCGAAAGUUUUUUUAGUUUCCAGGGUGAACGCCAACGAACCUGAACAUCAGAGAAACAUCUUCGCCCAGACCGUAGCUCAAGCUGAACACACGUCGCCUCUGGCAAAAGCACACAGGCGAGGACCCACACACACACGUACCGCACACGUUCACACACUCAGACACACACAGGAACGCACACCGCCGGGCCCUCCUUCUUUUUGAACGCACUGUUUAGCCGGCAGAGUGAUUCCUCUCUGCGAUCACGCGCUGCUGUGGACGUUUGAAUCCGCUCUGCUCAUUAGUGAUUGUACAUACGUGUAACUGUUAGAAGUCAAAGCCAUGUUCAGUGUUUCUAUAUGAGAAGUGAAGCUGCCGCUGCAACUUCACCUCAACCUGUGCCGUCUUUUUUAUUGAGUUUUGAUGUAUCUCGCUGCGCCGAGUCGCGAACCAGACACGAGCCGAGGACGCCCGGACGCUUCCCGUCGUCGAGUGAAUUCAGUGGAAACGAAGCUUCUUCAUUUUUCGCGUCUUUGUAACGACUCAUUGCCUCAAUUGCGAAACCGUCGACACGUUUUUUUUUCUGGAAGCAAUCGCGUUGAGUUGGCCGUUUGCUGGGCUCCGCCUCCUUCAGUCACCGUCCAGACACUCUGCAGCGCCAACGCAGUUUGACCGUUGAACCUGCGGCAGAGUUCAGGAGACAGAAGUUAAAUUUUACAUCGUGACCGUCGAAUUGUACGAAGUGAAAACAUUAGAGCUGUUUUAUUAUUAUUAUUAUAGCAAAUGGUCAAAUAUUAACUUUUCUCUUGUUCUGAAAACUACGAAAACACGUGAUUUCAGUUUUUCGUUUUUUAUCGUACGUCUGCUCCCGGUGACUUCUGGGAAAAAUAUAUAAACGCCACAGCAUCGGUUCAACGUUUGAUUCUCAGACAAAGACGAUCGUCUGUUGUCAUCAGCUUCUCUCCCCCUCGGAGGAAAUCCGAACUUUGCGGUCGGGACGUCAACGUACGUCGACGUUGAGCAUUAGCGGCGCGCUGCUUCAGUUUACGUAGCUUCUCAGAACACGGUUAAUGUAUCGUAGAACUUCUGUGUUAUUUACUGAGCGUUAACAUCGUAUAUGCACUGUAUGUACUUGGCUGAAACUAUAAAUCGGACAAAUAAAUGUCCGAUGAUUUUCUGUUCCAGAGCAUUGUGAGCUAUUUUGACAUUCAGAUACUACGUUGAAUACGCCAGAAUAUUGUUUUUUACAACAACCUAUAAUAUGUAUAUUUCUCCCGGUAUGUACAUGAUUAUGGAAUAUUACUGCAUCUGAGAACGAGGAUAUCAAUGUAACUCUAGUUAAACACGGCUGUAUUUCCUCAGCUUAUACUUUUGUACCAUAGCCCCGUUCACCACACUGCUUAACUAAAGUCUUGUUUUUGGUUUUUUCGGCUGAGAUUUGAACUUAUUUUUCUAUCUUUUACGAAUGUUUACUGCGGAUGAAUGGAACGAGACGGACCGGCCCCAGAUUGCUCUGAUUUAAAUCGCUCCUCUGAUUUUUGUUGGUUUUUUUUUACAGACUGUGCCGUCGGAAAUGAUUACUUUGGUUUUACUGCUGAAAUAACGAUGGUUUGAAGAAGAGAGACGAUUGUUGUUGCAUGGUGACUGUGAAGGAAAGAUAAAUAUAUUCUAUACCAUAACAUUCAAAAGGUUUUUUAAGGUGUAUUUGACCAGAGGUGGGCGAGUGGGUUCAACCCCACAGACUGAAUGUGUGGAUGAGAAGCUAAAGAGACGAGACGCUUCAGGACAAAUUUCUCUUCUUGUGUCUUAAAAAGCAACUGUUGAUUUUAUAUUUGAGUCCCAGAGUCGUGUCUUUACAGGCGCUGGAAUAUAAGAGAUGGUUUAAAGUUCCUCGGGUCAAACGGGGGCACUUCCUCCUGAUGUUAGGAAAAUAAAAAAAGAUGGUUGAUAUGUUCGUCCGUCCCAUCUGUCGUUUUAAAACACCAGACAUGGCUUCUCUGGAGACUCCCUCAGCACUCUGGCAUCAUUAACCUCUUAGCUUGUGAAAAUGUAAAAUCUAUUGUACAAAAAGUUAUAAUUAAAAACUGUCA